AUGAAUCCAAUUGUUAAAAAUAUAGAUCUUGCAAACAAGUAUAGUGUAGAAAAGUCAACUAUAUCAGAUAUUUUAAAAGAAAAAGAAUGUUGGUUAGCUAUUACAACUAAAAAAGAAGGUGAGAUAAGAAAAUUUCAUAUGCCAAAAUGGCUAAAACUUGAAAAAGCACUUGGUCUCUGGGUGGAUAAUGCACUUAAUAGUGGUCAAGAUAUUAAUAGACAUAUUCUCAAGAAAAAGGCAAAGUUUUUCAUAGAACAUCUUCUUAUUGAUAAUUUUCACCAAUCCAAUAGUUGGCUAACUGGGUUUAAAAAAUAUUACGGACUUCAUAGUUUAAAAAAGAAGAAUAAAGCAUAUAAUGAUGUACUAAAUGAAGUAGUAAAAGAAAUAGUAUCAUAUAAUAUUUAUGAUGCUAUAAUUAAUUCAGCUGAAGCAUAUAUUCUUCUACAAGUAAACCCCAAAGAAUAUAUUGAACUUAACCAAAAUAGUAAUAUGGAUGAUGAAUCAAACCUUUUGGAAUUAAUUGACUACUUACUAACCAAUGACUCUUUUAACCUUCUUACUGCAUAUGAAUAUAUUUUUGCUGAGAAUGAUAAAGUUGAAAACAGACUUAUCUAA